GUUAGGUUUUUUGUUGUGACAUUUUCGUAAAUUAGGGAUUUGUCCCCAAAAUUCACAACAUUUUUAUAAUUUUUCAUCUUAUGGAAAACUUGAUCGGUGGAUAUUCAUCAGUUGUAAAAUUAAUAAACGACGACAUAAUGGCUUCAUCGGAAAAGUUCAAGAAAAUAAUAAUAAAUGCAGAAAUGAUGAGGGCGGGCACUUCUACCAGAAAAUAUUUAAAUAUAGCUAAAGCAGCUGAUAAGCGACUGAUUCAAAACAGAAUAACUUCCUUGGAUCCAAAUAACUGGUGGGAAAUUUUUGUCCAAGAACGAUAUCCCGAUGAAAAAUGUUUGGAAGCUUUUAAAUGCUCCCGAGAAUCGUAUCUUUACCUGAUUAAAAUUUUGAGGCCUUUUAUCAGUCCCAAACCGGGGGCAACACCAAUUCACAAUUCUCUGAAUUUGUUAAAAGGAGUGAGCGUGGAAAAGCAAGUGGCGCUCAUGCUCCACAAAUUAGCAUAUUGCACAGAAUACUGUGUAAUGUCCACUAUGUUCGGUGUCCACAAAUCAACGACCCACAAAAUGUUUUACAAAGCUAUAACUGGCUUGAACAAGUACAUUCUCCACAAAGAAAUUAAAAUUCCAAACUCCGCGGAAGCUGUCGAAAUUUCUCGACAUUUCGAGGAGAGAACGAGAAUUCCCCAGAUUCUAGGUGUCCUGGACUAUACGCACAUUCCCUGUGUGCCCUGUCCAACGAUGCUUAAAGAAUUCACAAACAGUGCAAAAUAUGCCUCCUUUGUUCUCCAAACAAUCGUGGAUUCCAACCUUUGGGGCCCCCCGCUGGCGAGGCUCGACACAGCGCUCUCGCUCAGUCAGCGACGUGAGGAGAAGUCGAGUGGAGAGGUUUUUGUGCUCUAUGGUCUUUUCUUCUACCAGGAAAGAAGAAACAUAGAGGGCAUCGAUGUUCCCUACAAAAUUGCAGGUGCAACCAUUUAUCCAAUACUUCCCUGGUUAAUAUCAGGCUACCCAGCACCAACCACAGCCUCAGAAGUUGUCUUCAACACACAAAUGGAAGAAAUUUUAAGUUACUCGGAACAGGCAAUAGCCAGACUUCGAGGCAGGUUCAUAUUCCUGAGUCAAACGAUGGACGUUAGUUUCAGAUACGCACCGGCAAUAAUUGCCGCUUGUUGUGCCAUUCACAACAUUUGUGAAAGAAAUGGGGAUAUAUUCUACGCCCAAUGGCUGGAAGAAUCAAUCGAAUUGACCAAAAAAUUCCGACAGCCGGAUAAAACCUUGGAUUUGAGGAUUAUCCCAAAACAGGAGGACCGUGAUCAUCGCGAGGCGAUAAAAAAUCAUUUAAAAACGGGAUCGCUCUUACUGGAAAGCAUCGACUUCGAAGAAUAUGGUGCGCAAGAGAAAAUUUCUUUUUCUGAUGACGAAAUGAAGUAACGUUUAGAAAAAUUUUGGAAAUUUCACUUUAUUCUAUCUCUGCAUUCAAAAUAAAGUCGUAAAGUGCUCACAAGGGCCGUCCACAAA